CAUUUGUUUCGCCGAGCGCAGCGUAGGUCAUAGGUACGAUAUGAUCAUUUUUAUGACUGUCGCUAGAACGACGGGGAAAAAAAAACCCUGAAAACUACGCGUGUUGUAUGUUAUUAUUGUACGUGCGAGUCGCGCGUGAUGGCCGUAUUGCAUUAUUCUAAUCGCGUGCGCGCGCGCACGCCGAUGACGAGACUUCCUCUUUCGACAAUAUGUGUUCGUCGACCGGCACCCGCCGUCCGUACGCCACGUACGAAAUCCUUUUUUAUCUGAACGCCAAAACGCUUUGUGUGUAGAAAAAAAAAAAUCUUAUCGAUACGCGCGUUGAUGACUACAUGUUGCGUGUUCCGUUGCAGAAAAUACUGUCCGAGCGUUAUCGGUUUCGAACAAUAUCGUAUCGCACGCUAGUCCACCGCCGUCGUCUACACGUCCAACAUGUCUGGAGACCGAGUACUGGUUUUGGGAGGAUGUGGUUUUAUCGGUCGCAAUAUGGUCAAGUACUUGGUCGACAACAAUUUGGCGUCUUUUAUCAGGGUAGUCGACAAGGUGCCGCCUCAGAUAGCUUGGCUCAAUGACGACCAUAAAGAAGCGUUCCAAUCCUCUUCAGUCGAAUUCCAUAGUGCGAAUCUAAUAAACCAAGGUCCAUGUGAAAGUGCUUUUGAGGGUUCUUUUGAUUAUGCCAUAAAUUGUGCCGGUGAAACACGAGUUAAUCUACCGGAUGUAAUUUACGAAGAAGGAAUUGUUAAACUUAGUAUGAACUGUGCUCAUGCUGCUGCCAAGUUUGGUGUAAAACGUUAUGUUGAAGUGUCAUCUGGACAAGUUACCAGUAACCACAAAGAACCGAUAAAAGAAGAUGACCAAAUAAUGCCAAUCACAUCAGUUGCAAAGUACAAACUAGAAGUAGAAAAGCAGUUGAAAGAUGUUCCGAAUUUACCUUAUACGGUUGUCAGACCAGCUAUUGUGUAUGGCCUAGGCGACAGAACUGGGCUCACUCCAAAUCUUGUAAUUGGUUCUUUGUAUCGGAGUCUACAUCUACCCAUUCAAAUACUGUGGAAAGGUAGUACAGCUUGUAACACAAUACAUGUUGAAGAUGUUUGUAAAGCAAUUUGGGAUUUAUUGAAGUUACCAAAAGCUAUUGGAGAAACAUAUAAUUUGGUGGAUAUUGGGCAGACUACACAAGAUAUGAUUGCUGGAAUAGUAUCUUCAAUAUUUGGAAUCAAACACGAGUUUCUUGGAACCCUUUUUUCAUCCUUGUGUAAAAAUGAUUUAGAUAUUAUUGCAUCCAAUGCAAAUGACAAGCACUCAAUACCAUGGGCCGAAGCAUGUUCAAAGUCCAAUAUCCAUAAUACUCCUCUGACUCCAUUCAUUCAAAAAGAUAACUUGAUUGGCUAUCGUGUACAUUUGAAUGGAAAUAAAUUUAUCAACAGUACUGGUUAUAUUUUCAAAUAUCCUAAAAUUACCAUUGAUCUAUUAAAACAGGUUCUGGAUGAUUUCAUCAAGAUGAAUCUGUUUCCAAAAACACUGCUUGACUUAUAAUAUAUUUAAUGUUACCAUUUUGUUAAAAAUGAUUUAUCGUACACCUUAGUUUUAAUGUUCUCUGUGAUAUGUUAUUUUUAUUUUUUAAUAUUUAUUAAUUUCAAUAUCCAAAUUUAUGCUAUGAUUAAUGUUUAUGUGAACUUAGUAAUAUUAUUGAAGAAUU